GGGGACGCCGCUGUACUGCAUUCUGGGAAAGACCAGCUCCGACAGCCGCGUGGCCUCCUGGGAGUUGUAGUCGCGAUCGUGAGUCCACUGGAUCAGGAUAAUUGAUGAUUGCAACAUUUCUUAAGAAUGCCACAUCAUUGUCUUCAGAGUUUUUUUCUCCAAGCUGCUGACACGAAUUCUUCAUGUUUUGAUGCAUAGGUAAUAAAAGAAGCCAUUUUAACAUUAAGUCUACACCAUGGACAGCACAAAGGAGAAGAAUGACAAUUACAAAGAUGAUCUCCUUCUUAGGAUGGGACUUAACGAUAAUAAAGCUGGGAUGGAAGGAUUAGAUAAAGAGAAAAUAAACAAAAUUAUAAUGGAAGCCACAAAGGGAUCCAGAUUUUAUGGAAAUGAGCUCAAGAAAGAAAAGCAAGUAAACCAACGAAUUGAAAAUAUGAUGCAACAAAAAGCUCAGAUUACCAGUCAGCAGCUAAGGAAAGCACAAUUACAGGUUGACAGAUUUGCAAUGGAAUUGGAACAGAGCCGGGAUCUGAACAAUACCAUAGUGCACAUUGACAUGGAUGCUUUCUAUGCAGCUGUAGAAAUGAGGGACAAUCCAGAAUUGAAAGAUAAACCCAUUGCUGUAGGAUCAUCAAGUAUGUUGAGCACUUCAAAUUACCAUGCAAGGAGAUUUGGAGUUCGUGCAGCCAUGCCAGGAUUUAUUGCUAAAAGGCUCUGCCCACAACUUAUUAUAGUGCCUCCAAACUUUGACAAAUACCGAGCUGUGAGUAAAGAGGUGAAGGAAAUACUUGCUGAUUAUGAUCCCAAUUUUAUGGCCAUGAGUCUUGAUGAAGCCUACUUGAAUAUAACAAAGCACUUGCAGGAAAGACAAAAUUGGCCUGAGGACAAAAGAAAGUAUUUCAUCAAAACAGGGCACGCUCUAGAAAAUGAUAAACCACGAAAGGAAGUUAAUAAACUGAGUGAGCAUGAACGAUCCAUCUCUCCAUUACUUUUUGAAGAUAGUCCUCCUGAUUUGCAGCCCCCAGGAAAUACUUCCCAAGUGAACAUUGAAGAACAAAAUAAUCCUCAAAUACUUCAAAACUCAGUUGUUUUUGGAACAUCAGCCGAGGAAGUGGUAAAGGAAAUUCGCUUCAGAAUUGAGCAAAAAACAACACUGACAGCCAGUGCAGGCAUUGCCCCAAACACAAUGUUAGCAAAAGUAUGCAGUGAUAAGAAUAAACCAAAUGGACAAUACCAAAUUCUCCCCAAAAGACAAGCUGUGAUGGACUUCAUCAAGGACUUACCCAUUAGAAAGGUUUCUGGAAUAGGAAAAGUUACAGAGAAAAUGUUAAAGGCCCUAGGAAUUAUUACUUGCACUGAACUCUACCAACAGAGGGCAUUACUUUCUCUUCUUUUUUCUGAAACAUCUUGGCAUUAUUUCCUUCAUAUUUCCAUGGGUCUAGGUUCAACACACCUGACAAGGGAUGGAGAGAGGAAAAGCAUGAGUGUCGAGAGGACAUUCAGUGAGAUAAGUAAAGCAGAAGAACAGUACAAGUUGUGCCAAGAACUUUGCAGUGAACUUGCUCAAGAUCUGCAGAAAGAAGGACUUAAGGGUAGAACUGUUACCAUUAAGCUGAAGAAUGUGAAUUUUGAAGUAAAAACUCGUGCAUCUACAGUUUCAUCUGUUGUGUCUACUGCAGAAGAAAUAUUUGCUAUUGCUAAAGAAUUGCUAAGAACAGAAAUUGAUGCUGAUUUUCCACAUCCCUUGAGAUUAAGACUUAUGGGUGUGCGGCUCUCUAGUUUUCCCAGUGAAGAAGAUAAGAAACACCAACAACGGAGUAUUGUUGGUUUCUUACAGGCUGGAAACCAAACCCUGUCAGCCACUGGGUGUAUAGAGAAAACUGACAAAGAUCAGUUUUUAAAACCUGUAGAAAUGUCUCAUAAGAAGAGUUUCUUUGAUAAAAAACGAUCGGAAAGGAAAUGGAGUCACCAAGACACAUUUAAAUGUGAAACUGUGAAUGGACAAGGUGUACAGACAUCACAACCAUUCCAAGUUUUAAAGAAGAUGAGUGCGAAUUUAGAAACAUCAGAGAGUUCAAGUAACAAUCAGAUAUUUACCUGUCCUGUUUGCUUUAGGGAGCAAGGAAGCAUCAGUCUGGAAGCCUUUAAUAAACAUGUAGAUGGAUGUCUCGGUGGACCUUCGGUGAGUGAAAUGUUCUCAUGUUCACAUGCUUCCUCUACAGAAGUUAAGAAAGAAAAUGUACAUCAUUCUUUUUCACUCUGUGAGAAUCAGGAUUCUGAAACCCAUCCGAAGAAUACAGAAAUCACUUCAGAAGAUUGUGUCGAGUUGGUAGAGACUGUAUGUAAUCCAUCUGAAGCCGAAAGUGUAGAUGCUUUAAGUAAUAAGCUCAGCAAAGAGGAACAUUCUAGUCUUCCAAGCACAUCGUUUAAUAUUGAACACUGUCAUCAGAAUUCUUCUUGUACUGUUUCAUUACAAAAUGAAGAUUCCGGGUCACUGAGGAGGCAAGAAACCCUCCAGCCUCGUUCAUAUGAAGUCAUUACAGACCAGGCUCUAAUUUGUCCUGUUUGUAACCUAGAGCAAAAGACUUCAGAUCUUACCCUGUUCAAUGUGCAUGUGGAUAUUUGCUUAAAUAAAGGCAUUAUCCAGGAACUGGAAAAGGAUAAAGUUAAUCCAGUAAAUCAGCCCGAAGAAAGCACCAAAAGUACUGGUAACUCAGGCAGAGUACAGAAGACCAUAACAAAAACCAAAAGGUCAGGAUCGAUGACAAAAUCCUCAACAGCAAAGAAAAUAAAACCAAACAAUCCCAGAAACACCCUGGAUAUCUUUUUUAAGUGAACAUUGAACAUUUAAAUUGAAACUUGUUUUUAUAAUCAUUGAGCUAUUCCUCAUUUUAAGUUUACAGAUUCAUUUAGUGAAUGGCCAAUGCAGCAAUCUCUCCCCAAUAUUUCCUGUACAUGAAUUUGGAAUAUAUACUAAUUUACUUCUGUAUACCUUUUUGAUAUCAUAAGAAUUGUACUUCCUGUUAGAGAUAUUUUUAAAAUGAGAAAUUAAGGAAUGGGAUCAAAAAUUGAUUUCUGUGUUUAUUAAGUUUUAUAGUGAAUAUAAAACCAUAUAUUUGUAAGGGCUCUCAGAGGUUCACAGAAACCCUUUUUAGCAUAAGAACUUUUCAGCACUUAACCAUUUGUUGACACUGGUCUGCUAUAUGUGAUCGUAGUGUCUUCUACAAUUUUGUAUAUUUGUAUUUUAGCUCCUCGUACCUUCAGAUACCUCAUGAGCAUUCAUAAUUAAUAUUUAUCAUGCAUUCUAUGAAGAAUAUUAGCUUACCAGAACUAGCAUAAGUGGUUCUGUUCCUUUCAGGAUAAUAGUAUCAUUUUCUGUGUUAAAAAAAAUUUUGCUUAAAUAUGACUAUUCAUUUGAUUUUUUAAUUUAAAAUUCCUUCUUAUGAAUAAGCACUUGAUCCACUUUAAAAAUUUUUUGUCUAAGAUAUAAAGUAAUUAUUUUCUUAUCUAGAACUUCAAAUGGCAAUUAUGUCUGUACUCUACACAAAUCUAUAAAGAAUAAAUUGUACAUUCACUUUAUUUUUAUAUAACCUAGAGGAAAAUGUGUAAAAGAUGAGUGUGUAUUAUAAUAGCUCAUUUAUCUUAGUUAUAUUUAUGUCAUGUUUUUAUUAAUAUUUCUGAAAGAAGGCAGCUUAACAGUAAGUAGUUAACUUAAGUAGUUUCUCCAGAUAAUUUAGUGCUCAGUAAGAGUUUUUAUCAUUAAUAAGUAUUUAAUUGAAACAUGAAGAUGAUAGUCAUUUUGUGGCUGUUUUAAAGAAACAAAUCUUUUGUUCUCUUAUAUCUCUUGUGUUUUUUUCAAUUGUAGAUAGCACCAUAUUUGUUUUCUACCUUCCCUCAAGUUUAUAUUUAUUGUGUUUUCAACAUUAAAUACUAAAUUAUUUUCAUUUA